CCCCGAUAUGAAUGGGGCGGGCGGAAUUGUCCGUUGGGAUAGGUUGUGGGUAUGUGUGUGUGCUGUCGGAGUUGAGCAUUGACAGUGGGUGAUAUAAGAGGAGUCCUGACUUAUUUACCCCCUCCCUUCCCAUAGCACAAUGACGAAGUUGGGGUUUCUCCGGUUGUCCUAUGAGAAGCAGGAUACACUUCUCAAGCUGCUUAUUUUAUCUAUGGCAGCUGUGCUCUCUUUUUCAACACGGCUAUUCUCUGUUUUGAGGUUUGAGAGUGUAAUUCACGAGUUUGAUCCAUACUUCAACUACCGUACCACUCGUUUUUUGGCAGAAGAAGGUUUUUACAAAUUCCAUAACUGGUUUGAUGACAGGGCCUGGUACCCUCUGGGAAGAAUAAUUGGAGGAACAAUUUACCCAGGGUUAAUGAUCACAUCAGCUGCUCUGUACCACAUUUUGCACUUCUUUCAUAUCACUAUAGAUAUCCGGAAUGUGUGUGUCUUUUUGGCACCUCUGUUUUCCUCAUUUACAGCCAUUGUCACCUACCAUCUAACCAAAGAGCUCAAGGAUGCAGGUGCAGGACUCCUUGCAGCUGCAAUGAUUGCAGUUGUACCAGGCUACAUCUCUCGUUCUGUCGCUGGGUCUUAUGACAAUGAAGGGAUUGCCAUUUUCUGCAUGUUGCUGACUUACUACAUGUGGAUUAAAGCUGUGAAGACUGGCUCAGUCUACUGGUCAUCAAUGUGUGCUUUAGCAUACUUCUAUAUGGUGUCAUCUUGGGGGGGAUAUGUUUUCCUAAUUAAUCUGAUCCCUCUUCACGUGCUGGUAUUAAUGCUAACAGGACGGUUCUCCCAUCGCAUUUAUGUGGCCUACUGUACUGUGUACUGUCUGGGGACCAUAUUGUCGAUGCAGAUCUCCUUUGUUGGGUUUCAGCCUGUUCAGUCUUCAGAGCAUAUGGCAGCCUUUGGUGUAUUUGGGUUAUGUCAGAUACAUGCCUUGGUGGACUAUUUGCGCAGCAAACUCAAUCCUCAGCAAUUUGAGGUCCUUUUUAAGAGUGUCAUCUCCCUUGUUGGCUUCAUUCUUCUGUCAGUGGGUGCAGUGCUUAUGUUGACUGGCAAAAUUUCUCCAUGGACUGGGCGAUUCUACUCCUUGUUGGACCCCUCUUAUGCCAAGAACAACAUUCCCAUCAUUGCUUCAGUUUCUGAGCACCAGCCAACCACAUGGUCUUCCUAUUAUUUUGAUUUGCAGUUGCUUGUCUUCAUGUUCCCAGUUGGACUUUACUACUGCUUCAACAAUCUCUCUGAUGCCAGAAUAUUUAUCAUCAUGUAUGGAGUGACAAGCAUGUAUUUCUCAGCGGUUAUGGUACGUCUCAUGCUUGUCCUGGCUCCUGUGAUGUGCAUCCUUUCUGGUAUCGGCGUUUCUCAGGUUCUGACCACUUACAUGAAGAACCUGGAUGUCAGCCGCCCUGAGAAAAAGGCCAAAAAACAACAAGACUCUACAUACCCCAUCAAGAAUGAGGUUGCCAGUGGAAUGAUCUUGGUCAUGGCAUUUUUUCUUAUCACUUACACAUUCCACUCAACAUGGGUUACCAGUGAAGCUUAUUCCUCACCGUCCAUUGUUCUGUCUGCACGUGGUGGUGAUGGUAGUCGCAUCAUAUUUGAUGACUUCAGAGAGGCAUAUUACUGGCUGCGACACAACACUCCUGAGGAUGCAAAAGUGAUGUCUUGGUGGGAUUACGGUUAUCAGAUUACAGCUAUGGCCAACCGAACUAUUUUGGUGGACAACAAUACAUGGAAUAACACGCAUAUCUCUCGGGUGGGACAGGCCAUGGCAUCAACUGAGGAGAGAGCUUAUGAAAUAAUGAGAGAAUUGGACGUCAGUUAUGUCUUGGUAAUUUUUGGAGGACUAACUGGAUACUCCUCAGAUGAUAUUAACAAGUUCCUGUGGAUGGUUCGCAUUGGUGGUAGUACAGACACAGGGAGACACAUUAAGGAGCAUGACUACUACACAUCAACAGGAGAGUUCCGUGUUGACAGAGAAGGCUCCCCAGUAUUACUAAACUGCCUUAUGUACAAGAUGUGCUACUACCGGUUUGGGCAGGUUUAUACAGAAGCCAAGAGGCCACCAGGAUAUGACAGGGUUCGAAAUGCUGAAAUUGGAAACAAAGAUUUUGAGCUGGAUGUAUUGGAAGAGGCCUACACUACAGAGCACUGGUUGGUUAGGAUAUACAAGGUGAAAGAUCUGGAUAACCGUGGUCUGUCCCGAACGUAAAAGCUGACAGCUGAUCAAAUACAUCAUGCCCUCCUCACUUAGCACUGAAGCCUUCAUCUGUGAUACAGAAAAAAUCAACUUUUUUUAUACUUUUUAAUUGCAGAAAGAGAUUUUUGUUUUUUGUUCUUUUAUAUGGAAUUGUCAGGAACAAACAAGAGGGUAAAAAUGUCCAUUUUUGGUGUGAAUGAUUUGAAUUCUGCAAUCGGUGCCUAUGACCAAAUCAGCAGUUUUUGUGGGCUUUAAAGUUUUACAGUGGUCAAAUAAAAAGAGAAAUGGGGAAUA